AUGGCCGGAGGCCGGAGCUGAGUCUGUGUGUUAUUGAAAACAUAACCUCCGAAUGCGGAAAAGUGGAGUUACUUAUAGUUCAGUCGUGCCACGCAUUCCGUGGCCUUCGGCACGUUAGUUCGCUCAGCAAUUAUACACACUUUAUACGACGCUUUAGCACUUCGCUCUGGAUGAUCGCGGAGGCUUGACGUUCCAAAUUCGUCCGCUAAGGAAACCUAUACCAGAUAUUCUUCCACGGAGGUGACCUAUUGAUUGUAAAUGUUAUUGUCAAGUUGAAGUUUUAUCAGUCAGUAUAAAAAAAUAAGUUAAUAUGUCUACAUCCAUUUCACGGUGUGCUCGUGGGCCAAUGAUUUUCAGAGCAAAGAGGAUGAAGAUAGCAUUACCGAUGUGUACGUUUUUUUAAUCUGCAAAUAAUCAACAAUUAGCGUGUGUUUCAAGCGUGAUAAUAAUGAACUUGUAAUUAGAUUCAGCUUGUGCAAUUGUUAUACUAGAACUAUACUAGAUCAGUACAAUAUUUGCAAUCAUGUUUAAGAUACAUCAAAGUACAGUAUUCUAUAAGGCUGCAUCAGCCUUAGGCUAUGGCUUAUCAUCAUUGAUGAUAACUGUUGUAAAUAAGACAGUGCUAACAUCGUUUGAUUUUCCAUCAUUUCAAGUAUUAGGUAUAGGACAAAUGCUGGCCACAGUCAUGGUCCUUUUUAUAGCCAAAGCUCUUGGCUAUAUUGAUUUUCCUGGAUUGGAAAGAUCUACGUUUAAGAAAAUCUUUCCAUUGCCAUUAAUUUACAUAUGUAAUAUGAAUUUUGGUCUUGGUGGAACAAAGCAACUUAGUCUUCCAAUGUUUACUGUGCUACGUAGAUUUAGUAUAUUAAUGACAAUGAUUGGUGAGUACUACAUACUUGGAGUGAAAGCAAGGACAUCUGUACAAUUGAGUGUUUACACAAUGAUUCUGGGAGCUUUGCUAGCAGCCUCAAAUGAUUUAGCUUUUAAUUUAGAGGGAUACGUUUUUAUUUUACUAAAUGAUUUUUUCACUGCGGCAAACGGAGUGUAUAUGAAGAAAAAGUUGGACUCUAAGGAAUUAGGAAAAUAUGGUCUUAUGUAUUAUAAUUCACUGUUUAUGGUUGUACCAACUAUUAUAUUAUCUUGGUGGACAGGUGAUAUUGUUAAAGCAUAUCAGUUCCCUCACUGGACUGAUGCAUUGUUCCUAAUUCAGUUUGUGAUGUCCUGCUUUUUGGGCUUUGUUUUAUCGUAUAGUGUUAUUCUCUGUACGUAUUAUAACUCUGCCCUGACUACUACAAUAAUUGGUUGUCUUAAAAAUAUAUCCGUUACAUACUUAGGAAUGCUCAUAGGAGGAGAUUAUAUAUUCUCCUGGAUCAAUUUUGUAGGACUAAAUUUAAGUGUGUUAGGUAGCUUAAUUUACACUUGGGUUACUUUUCGCAGAAAAGAGCCUGCUGAGCCAAAGUAUUCUCCUUUGACGGAAGAACAAAAUAAUAAGAUGCAAGUUAUAUGACCUUUGAAUAGCAAUUUUGUUUGAACAGCAUAAUUGCUAAAAUAUUUUUUUUAAGAAGUGUUGAAUUUCAAUUUAAAAAUUUUAUUUAAAAAUGAUUAAACUCUUUUGAUUUCUAAAGAGUCAAGAUUCCGCGAUUGUUAAAGAAUAUACAAUGAUCAACAUCUUCAAAACGCACAUAACUUGAUGGUGUAUAAUAAAAUGCCAUUUUUACUUGCCUUUUGUAAAUAGUUAUAAAAGUAUAGGUAGAUUUUACAAAAAUUUUGUAAAAAAAAGAUCAAGUCCAUAUAAGUCAUGUUAUUCGUAAUUAUCAAUGCAUCAUAGUCACAAAUGGAAUCGAAAUUCCAAUCUUUUCAAUUUUUUCGGUAUCAUUUCCAGUGAAUGUUUGAUUGAGACGUAUAUAGUCAUGCGUGCAAUGGUCUGAUUGUCAUGUGCCAUUAGCCCAUCUUCUAAGUAUUUUUGAAUUUUACGUUCUAAGUUAGUAUUUUAUGUGAUUACGUGAAAGUCGCUCAGCGUUGUGAAGCACCACGAGUUUGCCAGAUUUGACAGUUAAGUUGCAAAUUUUGUUAUAAUUCGGUUUUAACAUUUGCUAAUUUAUACAGUACUUUUUUUGCAUUUCGUUUUUCUUUGAAGACUUCUUAUUUUUCGAAGUCUUUCGAAAUAAUGAAUAACAAAAUAGUCUCAAAUGAAAAUACAUUGUGUUGAUAUUAAAUUAAAUAUCGAAUGAUAUAAAAGGUGAUGUUAAAACCGAAUUGUUCGUACCAAAGUUAAGUUACUGUUACCAGGACAACAUUGCGUGCCAUAGUACACAGUGGCUUAUAAGAUUAUUUACGCCAAAUGAUAAAUUUAAUUUUGACCAUCUAAUUAGUUGUAAAUUGUAACAUAACGUUUUAUUAUGUUCCUAAGUUACGUGUACAAAGAAGGAAAUAAAUACUGUAAGAAAAUAUAA